GGGAGGAGAGGCUUGGCUGCCAGAUUCAACUGGAAAGGAACCAGUCCCAGUCCAGCCGCAACCUGGGAGUGGGAAGCUGGAGGCAGCCCAGACCUCCUGGAGCCCGGCAGUCCUGGGGUAGAGACAGAAUCAGGACGCAGCUCGAGGUCAGGGCCAGAGGCUGGAGGUGAGGGCCUAGAGUGAGAAGGGGUAAGGCAAGUGGGGAAGAGGAAGAGAGGCAGGAUUAGAGAGAGGAGCCAGGUCAGAAAGAGGGGAGCUGGGAGAGACCCAAAGAGAAACCGGGCAGAUAGAGAGGGAGUGAGAGGCAGGCGCUGAGACACAGAUCCCAGAGGAAGAUCAAAGGAAGAGGGCAGAGACAGAAAAGGAGGUGCUGGGACAGAAACCAACGGGUGGCCCCCUCAGGGAAGCAGAGGAGAGGUUGUUCCAGGGAAGCCCAGCUCCGGCACUUUUGGCCCCAACUCCCGCAGGUCUGCUGGCUCCAGGAAAGGUGGAGGAGGGAGGGAGGAGUGGGAGAAUGUGGGCGCAGGGUGGGACGUGGGCAUGGCCAGGGGCAACCUCACUUGGGUUCCAGGGGUGAUGGGAGAGGGCACUCAGGGCCCAGAGCUCAGCCUUGACCCUGACCCUUGCUCUCCCCAAUCCGCCCCGGGGCUCAUGAAGGGGAACAAGCUGGAGGAGCAGGACCCUAGACCUCUGCAGCCCACCCCAGGGCUCAUGGAGGGGAACAAGCUGGAGGAGCAGGACCCUAGACCUCAGCAGCCCACCCCAGGGCUCAUGAAGGGGGACAAGCGUGAGGAGCAGGGGCUGGGCCCAGAACCUGCGGCACCCCAGCAGCCCACGGCGGAGGAGGAGGCCCUGAUCGAGUUCCACCGCUCCUACCGAGAGCUCUUCGAGUUCUUCUGCAACAAUACCACCAUCCACGGCGCCAUCCGCCUGGUGUGCUCGCAGCACAACCGCAUGAAGACGGCCUUCUGGGCAGUGCUCUGGCUCUGCACCUUUGGCAUGAUGUACUGGCAAUUCGGCCUGCUUUUCGGAGAGUACUUCAGCUACCCCGUCAGCCUCAACAUCAACCUCAACUCGGACAAGCUUGUCUUCCCCGCAGUGACCAUCUGCACCCUCAAUCCCUACAGGUAUCCGGAAAUUAAAGAGGAGCUGGAGGAGCUGGACCGCAUCACACAGCAGACGCUCUUUGACCUGUACAAAUACGACUCCUCCGCCACCCUCGUGGCCGGCUCCCGCGGCCGUCGCGACCUGCGGGGCACUCUGCCGCACCCCUUGCAGCGCCUGAGGGUCCCGUCCCCGCUUCACGGGGCCCGUCAAGCCCGUAGCGCCGCCUCCAGCGUGCGGGACAACAACCCCCAAGUGGACUGGAAGGACUGGAAGAUCGGUUUCCAGCUGUGCAACCAGAACAAAUCAGACUGCUUCUACCAGACAUACUCAUCAGGGGUGGAUGCAGUGAGGGAGUGGUACCGCUUCCACUACAUCAACAUCCUGUCGAGGCUGCCAGAGACUCUGCCAUCCCUGGAGGAGGACACACUGGGCAACUUCAUCUUCGCCUGCCGCUUCAACCAGGUCUCCUGCAACCAGGCGAAUUACUCUCACUUCCACCACCCAGUGUAUGGAAACUGCUACACUUUCAAUGACAAGAACAACUCUAACCUCUGGAUGUCUUCCAUGCCUGGAGUCAACAAUGGUCUGUCCCUGAUGCUGCGCACAGAGCAGAAUGACUUCAUUCCCCUGCUGUCCACAGUGACUGGGGCCCGGGUAAUGGUGCACGGGCAGGAUGAACCUGCCUUUAUGGAUGAUGGUGGCUUUAACUUGCGGCCUGGCGUGGAGACCUCCAUCAGCAUGAGGAAGGAAGCCCUGGACAGAUUGGGGGCGACUAUGGGACUGCACCAAGACAUGGCAGUGAUGUUCCUGUCCAAGAAACCUUUACGCCUUCAAAUGUACACGCAGCAGUUCCUCCUCCCAGGACUCUCCCCUGGGCCCAGCUUCCCACAGGGUGGGCCGAGGGCCAUCCCAGGAGGUGACAUGGUAGCGGACACUGGAGACACGGAGGCCUCAAAGGCAGCGGAUUGUCUCACCCCAGAGUUCAGCGUCCAUCCCUACCUUGUUCCUGUCUGUGUUGUGAGGAUGAGAGAGGAAGUAAGGCUAAAAACACAGUCUGCUGCAUUUCCUAGGGCUUACUUCCCCGGAGGAGAGGACCAGCUGCUUCCCCUUCUUCCAAAGAUCUCCAACCCUGGCUACUGCUACUAUAAGCUCCAGGCUGACUUCUCCUCAGACCACCUGGGCUGUUUCACCAAGUGCCGGAAGCCAUGCAGUGUGACCAGCUACCAGCUCUCGGCUGGUUACUCACGAUGGCCCUCGGUGACAUCCCAGGAAUGGGUCUUCGAGAUGCUAUUGCGACAGAACAACUACACCAUCAACAACAAGAGAAAUGGAGUGGCCAAAGUCAACAUCUUCUUCAAGGAGCUGAACUACAAAACCAAUUCUGAGUCUCCCUCUGUCACGAUGGUCACCCUCCUGUCCAACCUGGGCAGCCAGUGGAGCCUGUGGUUCGGCUCCUCAGUGCUGUCUGUGGUGGAGAUGGCUGAGCUCAUCUUUGACCUGCUGGUCAUCACAUUCCUCCUGCUGCUCCGAAGGUUCCGAAGCCGAUACUGGUCUCCAGGCCGAGGGGACAGGGGUGUUCAGGAGGUGGCCUCCACCCAGGCAUCCUCCCCGCCUUCCCACUUCUGCCCCCACCCCACAUCUCUGUACUUAUCCCAGCUAGGCCCUGCUCCCUCCCCAGCCUUGACAGCCCCUCCCCCUGCCUAUGCCACCCUGGGCCCCUGCCCAUCUCCAGGGGGCUCCGCAGGGGCCAGCUCCACUGCCUAUCCUCUGGGGGGGCCCUGAGAGAGAAGGAGAGGUUCCUCGCACCAAGGCAGAUGCUCCCCUGGUGGGAGGGUGCUGCCCUUGGCAAGAUUGAAGGAUGUGCAGGGCUUCCUCUCAGAGCCGCCCAAACUGCCUUUGAUGUGUGGAGGGGAAGCGAGAUGGGUAAGGGGCUCAGGAAGUUGUUCCAAGAACAGUGGCCAAUGAAGCUGCCCAGAAGUGCCUUGACUCCGGCUCUGUACCCCUUGGUACUGCCUCUGAACACUCUGGUUUCCCCACCCAACUGCAGCUAAGUCUCCUUUUCCCUUGGAUCAGCCAAGCCAAACUUGGAGCUUUGACAAGGAACUUUCCUAAGAAAUGGCUGAUGACCAGGACAAAACACAACCAAGGGUACACACAGGCAUGCACGGGUUUCCUGCCUGGCGACAGCUGAAGCCAGCCCCUGACUGACCUGGCCACACUGCUCUCCAGUAACACAGAUGUCUGCUCCUCAUCUUGAACUUGGGUGGGAAACCCCACCCAAAAGCCCCCUUUAUUACUUAGGCAAUUCCCCUUCCCUGACUCCCGAGAGCCAGGGCCGGAGCAGACCCAUGUAAGUAAAGGCAGCUCCAGGGCUCCUCCAGGCUCAUACCCGUGCCCUCACAGAGCCAUGCUCCAGCGCUUCUGUCCUGUGUCUUUCGUCCCUCUACAUGUCUGCUCAAGAUAUUUCCUCAGCCUGAAAGCUUCCCCAGCCAUCUGCCGGAGAACUCCUAUGCAUCCCUCAGAACCCUGCUCAGACACCAUUACUUUUGUGAAGGCUUCUGCCACAUCUUGUCGUCCCAAAAAUUGAUCACUCCCCUUUCUCCUGGGCUCCCGUAGCACACUAUAACAUCUGCUGGAGUGUUGCUGUUGCACCAUACUUUCUUGUACGUUUGUGUCUGCCUCCCCAACUGGACUGUGAGGGCCUUGUGGCCAGGGACUGAGUCUUGCCCGUUUAUGUAUGCUCCGUGUCUAGCCCAUCAUCCUGCUUGAAGCAAGUAGGCAGAUGCUCAAUAAAUGUUUGUUGCAUAAA